CAACUAAAACCACGGUCUGUGGUUCAGGUGGGAAACAAAUUUACGCGACAAAAUUGUCAGUCAGUCACAGGGGUUAUUAAAUCCUUAUAUUCUCAUCACUUAAACGUAAGCAGACAAGUUAAAUCGGUUCUCCGGAUUAUCUUAAGAGGAGAUGGCGAAAGAGAAAAGCAAGAUCAACAGCAGUGAGGACUUAGCUGCACCGCAGCCUCGGUCACUCAGGUCAAGAAAGAGGAAGUGUCCAAGUGAUGAAAUUUCUCUAACCGAUGAUGUUCAAGCUCCACAUCAACAGGAGGCUGAAGAAGAUAACACAGCAGUGGUUUCCACACCACUACAGUGUCCCCGGUCUCCUGUGCAGGAAUGUGCUAAAAUUUCAAAUCAGCAGGAUCAGGGAUCAGAGCAGUCCUGUGCCACAAAACGGGAAAAAGAUGCAGGCUACUUUACAAAUGUGGAACUUACAGAGCAAGAUGUCACCAAUCCCCAAAACGAUUCUCAGCUGGAGGGCUUUCAAGUACUUACUGAAAAUGACACCAACAGGAGUGGAAUGAAUGAGGAGGAAAUAGGUUCAGAUGAAUGUCAGAGAUCACUGCAUCAAAUACGCACAGAUCAAGUCCAGGUCUUCUCCCCUAUCACCAAAGAAAGUGAUCAAUCCUGCACAACUGCUCUGAAUGCAAACGAGAACUCUGAUGUGGAGAGAAAUCAACAGACUGGCCCAGAAGAGUCCAUCAACGUGUGCGUGGAUGAUAUCAAAGACCUCAUAAAGGAGUCAACAGCAGGAUUACCGGCCAAGAAAAAGCGAAGGAUGGGCAUGUGUGGCCUGACAAAGAAGGAGCGGAGUCAUUUUUUACUGACACAGAAGCAUGAAAAUGGGCAGAACAGAGAGGAUAAGGUGGAGAAACCUGUUUGUGAUAACACAGCUGAACCUGUGGCUCUGGGAAAGAAUACUCCUCCAUCCAUCCCAGCCGAAGGGCAGAAUGUGGCGCUGAGUGAGGAAGUGCUAAAGCUUCAGUCCAGUCACUGUGAAGAGGAUGAAAAAGCAGAAAGGAAAGCCCAUGUUCCGGUCGGUCCUUCAGAUGGCUCCACUGCAGUGUGUGAUCCCGACUGCUCAGUGGGAAAAGGUUUCGAGUGUGAAGAUGGCUUUGUUACUGGUUCAGAGCCAGCUGGUAACUCUGAUCAACUUGCAGAAAAAGAAGUGGGGGGAAAUUUGGACAGCCAAACGCUCCAAGAACUCAAAGCUCGGAUCAGUGAAGUUACAGAUGAAAUACCUGAAAAACCCGAGGAAGGUGGCUCAGCAAAAGGAAAGUGUAGCUCUGCCGUUUCUUUUUGCACAAGUCGAGAUGACAAGAGUGACAACUGGGACGCAGUUGAGGCCCCCCUUCUGCAGGUGAAGAGUGUGACUGGAACAAGAGAUGAGAAGAAGGAAGAGAUGAGCGGCGAUGUGGUUGGUGGUGAUGGAGCCGAUGAAGGUGCCUCCUGUUCACGCACCCAGCCGGGAGGAUUAAAAUGUGGCUCUGUGGAGCUCCGUGAGGCUGCAGCAACACCCAGUGUCUCAGAGAGGAAGGACAGUCGUGAUUCUGAUGAACCUGCUGCUGGUCCUUCAACUGCUCACGCUGAACACGCUCAGACCCUGGACACUGCUGACUCAUUUGGACGUGGAUGCUUAGAUUAUGUGUCGGACUCCCAGCUGAACACCAUAGUUCUGAUUGAGGAUGAGAUGAUGUGGAAAGACGAAGGUCCGGAUUCCUCAGACCGUCAUGAAGAUGCUACAGACCUGAUCUGUGGACUCACCAGAGAACUCGCUUCUCUAAAUCGGAAAGUCAUGGCCACUUAUCGAGAGCUGCAGAGCCUCCGGCGUAGCAGUAAAACUUCAAGGAGCGCCACACGUUGAGAUAGUUCCUUCCAUCCUAAUUUCACUGCUGCCUCAAUGGUUCAUUGGAAGACACAUUUUAAAUUGUUUUUUUAUUGUUCUGGUGUCAU